AUGUUUGGUAUUUCGUACGGAGAGCUCUUCCUCUUGAUCGGAGCCACGGCUGCUCUAGUCGGACCAAAGGAUUUGCCUAGAAUUGCUAGAACAGCAGGGAGGUUAGCGGGUCGGUCAAUUGGGUAUGUUCAGUUAGCUAGAGGUCAAUUCGAUAAUGUUAUGCAGCAGUCUCAAGCCCGCCAGGUUCAUAAAGAACUUCAAGAUGCACUUGCACAACUAGAGUCGAUUCGUUAUGAAGUCCGGAGUAUAUCACUUAUGAAUCCCGGUCCUAUGGCUCGAAGGCUGAUGGAUAAUCCUCAGGACCCGGCUCCUCUGAGUGAUGGGGCCAACAGUUCACUUGAGAAGCCUAAGGAGGAGCUGAAGUCAAGAAAUCCUGUGGUGAAGGAUGAUACUUUCAGAACCUCAGACUCACCUAAUUUGCAUAGUCAAGCAACUGCGUAUGCAAAGUUGGCUGAAUCUGAUGCCGUGAAGACUGGCUCUUUGAAGAGCAGUGCAGAGCAAGAAAACCUUAAAGAUGAAAGUGGUCUUUUCGUUGCCCUCCCAAUUUCAGCUGAAAGCACUGGGAUGCUACCAAAUCGCAAAGAGAAUGUUAAGGGAUCAGACAUUGUGUUGGAAGCAAUAGUUGAAGCAGAGGUAGCACGUAAUGCCAAAGAUUUCUUUUCACAGCCUGAAAAUCAAAUACAGUGA